AUGGAUCUAAAUGAAAUUAUCUUAAAAUUACCAGAAUCUCAAAAACGAGACUUAAUCGAAAAAUUACUUUAUGCAUUUUCUUUACAAAAUGGCGGCAUUGAUACUGCAUCUAAAGAUUCUGCUGGUAAUUCAAGUAAGGAUUUGAAAAAGUCUGUAAACUUAUCUAACAGUACGCCUGAAAAAUCACUCAAACAAAAAACUUUAGAUAAUUGGAUUGUGAAGAGCAAAACUCUGUCAUCAAAUUGUGAGAAAGAAUUGGUAAAAGAAGCGGGAGAAUCAUCGAGAAAUGUCGAAUCUGAAGAAGGAAAGAAGUUGGAAAAAUCUAGUAAAUUGGAUAAUGCAAUUAAUAAAAAGAAGUUAAUGGUUCUUCUUAAUAGGGAAGAUUGUCCUGAAUCAGUGCAGAAGGCAAGAGGAGUUAUAGAUGAAAAGCUAUGUGAUGAAACAAAUAAUUCUAUGGCUUCCUCAGCAGAAUGUAAAGAUAAUGAUAAAAUUCUCAAACCUAUUCAUAAAUCAGCUACUAAACAGAAGCAAAAAUUGAAAACCUCUCUUGGAAAAGAUAUAAGCACAAAUUCUAAUUUUGUAGAAAUGGAUUAUGAUCAGAAAACUAAUUCAUGCAAUGAUAAAACAUCUGAAGACAAUAUAAAGAAUUCUGAAUGCAAAACAUCACCUACAUUAUUCCAAUCUGAAUCGGAAAGAACAUUAGUUGAUGGUAACAAAAUUACUGUUACUGAUGAAAACCCAACUAUAGUUGAUGCAGUCCAGAAAAGUUCAGAUAAUCAAGAAAGUGCAGUAACUGAGUUAAAUGAGAAUAACAAAAGUGCUGAAUAUGUUCCAAGCAAGAAAGUUACAAAAGUAAGUGUUAUAAAUACAGAUUCUACUGAAUUGACAGUUGGAAAAACAGCACAAUUACCUGGAACUGUUGUAAGUGCUUCUCCAAGCCAGGAACAAAUAACUACAAAUAAUAUUAAAUCUGUUUCAAAGCUAAAGUUGAAGAAAACUAUUAAAAGUAAGGUUAAAAGUGAUAUGGCUUCUUAUGAAAAAAUAAAAUUGGAUCCAGCAGCAUCUAAGAUGAAAAAGAAAAACUUAACCAGUCAAGAAGUUAAUUCUGAUAUUACUAUAAAUAUUGAUUUUCAGAGGAUUUCUGAUGAACAGUUAGAAUCCGAAAAGAACUCUGAAACUCAAAUUAAGGUGUGCACUAAAGAAACAGAAAAACUGUUAACAAAAGAUAUAAAAUCUGUUACUGCAAUAAAUGGAGAUUCAAAGAGAAUAAGUAGGAAAAGAGGCUGUGAAAAUAAAAGAAUGGUGACAACUAAGAACAGUUCAUUAUCUGACCAAGAACCAACUUCUAAAAAUAAUGAUAAAGACUGUACCACUUCUAUCAAUUUUUUAUCAAAAAUGUCUCCUUCUCAAAAUAAGGAGUUUACUAAAGAAACUAAUGAGUUGUUAAUAAAAGAGACAAAUAUUUUAACCCCAAUAAAUGCUAAGAAAAUGUAUAAGAAAAAAGGUAAGGUAUCAGCAAAAAAUAGCUUAAUAUCUGAUUCAGAACAAUCUUCUAUAAAUAAUGAUGAGGUCAGUAUCAUUUCUUCUGAAACUUCAUCUGUUGAUUCAUUAAGAAAUUUAACAUCUCAAAGCAAGAAGUUUCCCAAGGUUACUGAAGAGUCACUAAUAAAAGGUAUAGAUACUGUAAUUCAGUUAGAUGUAAGUUCAAAGAAAAUAUAUAGGAAAAAAAGUAAUGAUAAUAAGAGCAAGAUAUCAACGAAGAAUAAUUUAAUAUCUGAAUCGGAACAAUCUCCUAAAAGUAAUGAUAUGGACAGUUUCACUCUUGAGACUUCUUCAAUUGAUUCUUCAAAAAAUUCACUCUCACGAAGUAAGAAAUUUGUUAAGGAUACUGAAGAGUCAUUAAUCAAAGAUACACCUACUGAAACUACACUAAAUAUAAAAUCUAAGAAAAUAUGUAGGAAAAAAAGCUGUCAAAAUAAAAUUCAGAUAUCAGCUAAGAAGAGCUUAGUAAUUGAUUCUGAAAAAACUUCUAAAAUUAAUGAAAUGGAUAAUAUCACUCCUUCUGAGGCUUCAUCUCAAUGCAAAGAGUUAGCUAAGGCUACAGAAGAGCUGCUAAGUAUUGAAACUCAAAUAGGUGCAAAUUCAAAGAAAAGAUAUAGGAAAAAAAGCAAUGAAAAUAGAAGCAAAGUAGUAGCCGAGACCAAUUUAAUAUCCAAUUCAGAACCAGCUUCUAAAAAUAGUGAUAAGGACAAUAUAAUUUCUACAUCAACUGAUUCAUCAAACAAUUCACCAUCUCAAAAUAAGAAAUUUUCUAAGGAAACUGAAGCGUUGCUAAUAGAGGAUACAACUGUUACUUCUAAAAAUAAUGGUAGAAACAAUAUAAAUUCUAUUGAAACUUCAUUAAUUGAUUCAUCUGAAACAUCUAUCCCUAAAGAUAUUUCUACUAAACAAAUAAGUUCUUCCGAUACUGAAGCAACUAUUUCUUUAAGUCGGGAUAACUAUUCUAAACCCAUCAAUGCAUUUACUCUGUCAGAUGAUCAUAGUAUAAAAAAUUCCAAGUCUCUGAAUAGCGAUUCUCGUAAUGAAUUAAAUAUUUUAAAUGAAAUGAAAGAAACAGAAGAGGAUCUUUCUAAAAAAUCUAAUGCUGGUUCACUUAAUGGGCCUCAAACUUAUGAUAAUAUUCAAGAAAGCUCAGAAGUGUCCAGUGUUUCCAAAAAAGUCAAUACUUUAAAAAAGAAAACUGUAAUGCAAUUACCAUCUAAUUCAAAAAAGAAAUUAAAAGUCAUAAAAGAUGAAAGUAGUUCUAAUAAUUUGAGUAUUGAAAAUGAAAAUUUGUGUUUAAAAAAGAAUGGUUCAAAGAAAAUAGUUGUAUCCAGAAAAAUAAAACUUGGACCAGAUUCUAAUAAAGAACACUCAGUUGUUCCGAUUGCUAAAUCAAUGGCCAAUAGUUCACAUUCUAAUGCAGUUAAAGAACCAAAUGAACAUCUCUUCAAAAAUUCAAAAGUAAAUAAUAAACUUGGUCGAACUCAGAAGAAAACAGUUAGAUUUCAAAAUUCUAAAAAAGUCAAGGAAAGCCAUUCUAAAAAGGAAAAUAAUUUGGAAUCUCAAAUUAUGUGCAAUAGUAACAUAUCUAAAAAUGGUGAAAUGGAAGAAUUAAAUUGCAGUUUGGUUAACGAAAGCUCUACAAAAAAUAAACUUCAUAAAGGUACCAAUUUAUCAAUGAUCCAAACUGAUAAUUUAGAAGGUGAAAAAGAAAAUCGUGAUAUAAUUAAAAACAUGGAAGAGGAAACUGAAAAAGCAACUGAUUUUAUUGUCAAUAACUCAAAUAAUACUGAUAGUGCAGAGAUAAAUUUUAAAGAUCCAGUUGAGUGUGAUGAGAAGAUGAAACACAAUUAUGAAGCCUUUUGUAAAGUAAAAGAAGUUCUAAAAGUUAUAGGAAUAAGUAUUGAAGAAUUAUUUGAAAAUUCAGAGAUGAUUAAUAGUUUAAAAUCUGCACCACCAGAUGGUGUUUAUUUCAUCAGCAAAUGUAAAUCGGAUUCAAAAAUGUCUGUUCACAUGCAUGAAUCAAAAAAGGAAUUGAGAAAUAUUUUAAACAAGUUGAAAAGGAAAUACAAUGACGAAGCCAAAUAA